AUGGGCACCCGUGACACUGGCCCCGCAGUUGUGUCCCCAGCCCAGGUGCCAGUGGCCAGGUGCUGUGGGCCCAUCCCUCAGACCAGUGCUGGGCCCCAGGCCCUCCCAGGGGGAAGCAGCGAGUCCAGCCUGCACGCUUCUGGAGAAGCCUCCCUUCAGCCAACACCGAAUGUCUUGCUGGAGAAGCCGGCACAGCUCUUGAGUGCACAUGGGGACCCUGGCAGCCUCAAGCUGGAUGUUUCCCUGAAGGGCUGGCAGGCCAGGAAUGGCCACCCCAGAAACCUUGGGGCCCUGUCUCAGGGGUCCCAGCCCCUGGUGCCCCUCCCCUCGCUGGAGUCAGAGGCCAGCAGUGUGGCCCGGGACACCACCCAGAUCAAGGACAAGCUGAAGAAAAGGAGGCUGUCAGAAGGCGUGGCAGCAUCCUCCAGAGCCUCUCUGGAUCCUGGGGCAGGCCCCAAAGGAGUUGCGCUGAGGAGUGCCAUCCCCCGGGCCACCUCUCAGAGGCUGCUGAGGUCGCCCGGGCCCAUGCCUCCCAUCCAGAGCUUGCCCACCACCCCCGAGGCCAGUGGCGCCAAGGAGAAGAGCCAGGACCCUCCCGGGAGCAUUCAGGGGCCUCAGGACAGGAGACCCAGAGCCCAGGAGGUGCAGAUCUCACGUCAAUACCUGCACUGCAGUGACCAGAAGAUGCAAAAGUCACUGGGGGGCAUUGUGAUCCCACCCAUCCCAAAGGCCAGUUUGCCCACUGGGACCUCCUCCUGCACACCUGGCUCCCUUCCCAGCCUCUUGCCCCCAGACCAGGAUGUGCUCACGGGCCUGAGAGCACCCCCAACACGAUUGGUUCGGGAGAAUGGGCCUCGGGAGAAGACCCCUAAAUCUCUUGAACGAAAACCUUUGGCCCCACCCGUCAGAGACAGAUCUGCUGCCCCUGAGAAGCCCGCUCUGCCUGCAUCUCAGUCUGCUCCUACACUGACAGCCUUCUCCUUCGGCCAAGCCGAAGAAGCCCAUUCCUUGCUAAAAACAGAGGACCAGCAGGAGAGCAGCACCAAGAUCCAGGUCACCAUCUCCAAGUCUGCCCAGGAGAAGAUGCGGCUGAAGCAGACGAAGGAGAUGGAGUUGUCCCGGAGGGCGAAGGAGCCAGAGAGAGAGAGGGAGCUCGCGUCCCAGAGCCUGGCCACCCGGAGGACCUUGAUGAAGGAAGGCCUCCUUCCUCUCCGGGGCAGCAGGACCCUGUCUGUACCCACCAGGCUGAGCAGCCCACGCAGAAACAACACGGGCGUCAUCCUGAGGAAGCGGGCCACCCGGGCCUCACUGCCCAGCAUCCCCGUCAGCAAGCAGGAGCCCAGCUUUGCCCGCCAUGCUUCAGCUAACUCAUUACCUGCAGUGCUUACUUUGGUGUCUCCCGAGUGGGAAGAAGAGGACGAGGAGAUGGAUCUUCGAGGCUUUAAGGAGUUGAGGCCUUUCUCAAACCCAGAACUGGGGUUGAUGGAUGCCCUUCAGUGUCUCGACCGUAGUGACUGGCAGAUGAAAGAGAAGGGCCUGGUGAGCAUCCGGCGCCUGGCAGCCUGUCACUCGGAAGUCCUCAUUGGGAGGCUGCACGAUGUGUCCUUGGCUGUGACUGGGGAGGUCACCAACCUCCGCUCCAAGGUGUCCCGCUUGGCCAUCAGCACCCUGGGAGACCUCUUCCGGGCCUUGAAGAAGAACAUGGACCAGGAAGCUGAAGAAAUUGCCCGCUGCCUGCUCCAGAAAAUGGGGAACACCAGCGAGUUCAUCCAGAGAGCGGCCAACCGGUCCCUGGGGGCCAUGGUGGAGCACGUGACACCUGCUCGCUCCCUGGUGGCCCUCACCUCGGCAGGCAUCUACCAUCGAAACCCCUUAGUCCGGAGAUGCACUGCCGAGCACCUGUCAGCUGUCCUGGAGCACAUAGGAGCCGAGAAACUUCUCUCAGGCAGCAGGGACAGCACAGACGUGCUGGUGCACAACCUGGUGAGGCUGGCCCAGGACUCCAACCAGGACACCAGGUUUUAUGGCCGGAAGAUGGUGAAUAUCUUGAUGUCGAAUGUGAAGUUUGAUGCCUUCCUAAAGCAGUCCCACCCAUCCCAUGACUUGCGGAAGGUCAUGGCGGCCAUUAAACAGCGGGGAAUAGAAGAUAGUGAUGAACUUCCAUCUGCCAAAGGCCGCAAGGUGUCGAGGAGUCUGGUGGUGUGUGAGAAUGAGCUGCCAGGUGAGGACAGGCUCGGCCCCAGUGGCCGGAGGCUGGCGGGCCUGCGCUCCUCCCUGCGGGGUGGAGCAGAAGCAGUGGAGCAGCUGAGGGAGCUGAUGCGGCUGCUGGAGGCCAAAGACUACCAGUCUCGGAUGGAAGGCGUGGGGCGGCUCCUUGAGCACUGCAAGGCCAAGCCAGAUGUCAUCAGCAGCAACCUGGCCCAGGUCUUUGAUGCUUUCACCCCAAGGCUUCAGGAUGCCAACAAGAAAGUGAACCAGUGGGCACUGGAGGCCCUUGCCAAGAUGGUUCCUCUCGUCAGAGAGAGCCUACAUCCCAUGCUGCUCUCUGUUAUCAUUGCUGUGGCAGAUAACCUCAACUCCAAGAACUCAGGGAUUUACGCGGCUGCCGUGACAGUGCUGGAUGCGAUGAUUGACAGUCUAGACAACCUUUGCCUCCUGCAAGCAUUUGCUGGGCGGGUGCGUUUCCUGAGUGGCCACGCAGUGCUUGAUAUCACAGACCGGCUGUCAGUGCUGGUGGCCUCGGUUUACCCCCGAAAGCCCCAGGCCGUGGAGCGCCAUGUCCUUCCGGUCCUCUGGUACUUCCUGAAGAACAUGAUCGGGAACGGUGUCCUGCCUGGGCACAGUGGGAACGUCCGCUCAGUGGUGUGCCGGCUGUCCAGGUGCCUCCAGGAGCAGAUGGGCUCCCGGCUGCAGGACUUGGCCGCAGGCCAGCCAAAGCAAGUCCUCCAAACACUCCAGGAGCUCUUAGACAUGGAAUCCCUGUGAGGUGGCUCCAAGAUCAGAGGGCUGGCACCUGACAACAAGACCACUGGCAGCUCAUGCCCCUUUCAGCUGGAUUAG